CGCCAAGGUCUCUCCUUUGAACUGUGUGUAUCUCGCAACGCAUGUACCAUAUGUACGCUUUUGUACAUGGGAUGACUAUGGAAUUGCGUCGAUAGAACACCAUGAUACCUUUCUUGGGUAUAUAAAGAAGAAAAAAGAAGAAGAAGAAUAAGGGUACAUGUUAAUAAUGGUACACACUAACGUAUCGUUAGCCCAUAGAUUUAUCAGCGUAAACAAUAGAACACCACCACAACGAUUAACAACCCUGUUUUAAAGAGAGAAUACCUUUGUGCCAUACGAUAUCUCAUACCAAGCUUAUGCUACGAUAGACACUCACACAUCUCACAUCACGAACGUUUCGUACGUCCUCGUGCAUUGAUCAAUCCGCGAAUGACGUGGACAGGAUGAUCCGAUCGAAGAGGUAUAUAAAGCUAUCCACCAAAAUGCAAGAGCAUCAUUCGGUCCCUGUACAUCACAGCAGCCGAUUCCAAAAUCAUCAACGUGAGACACCAUGAAGUUCUUCGCCACUAUUACCCUCUUGGCUCUCUUUGCUGUUGCUCUGACGCAAUCGCAACCAGUCGAGACCGAGAAGAAGAUCGAGCCCAUCGAAGCAGAAGAGAAUGCUUAUUUACAAUCGGAACUACGAAAUAAGAGAGGUCUUGCUCCGACGUUAUUGCAAUCAGUCGAAUCUGAGAAAAAGAUCGAGCCCGUUGAAAUAGAAAAAAAUGCUGACUUACAAUCGGAGCUACGAAAUAAGAGAGGUCUUUUCUACAACGCAGCUUACACAGCACCAGUUGCCUAUACUGCUUAUUCCGCACCCUACGCUUAUGCUCGGAGUUAUACUUACCCUUAUGCCUAUUCUUACCGUACCUAUCCUUACGUUUACAGCAGCCCUUACAUCUUAUAAAUUGUUUCCACCCUUAAAAUGAAUACGCACGAUCAUCCGUGAUCUCAAGAAAUUUGGGAAACACGACUUAGGCAAGCUAUAAAUAUGUAUGUAUGUAUGUAUGUAUGUAUGUAUGUAUAUAUAUAUAUAUUAUUCUCUUAUCCUUUUGGAUUUCUUAAUGUAAUUGGCGAGUAAACGUUUAUUAUUGUAACAAUGAAAUUUUAAGAAAUACGCAAAAUUUGGAUUAUCCAUUGUAAAUUAAUUUUAUUUCAAAUACAAACGGUUCUAUGUCGAUUUA